AUGAGUCGGGAAGCGCAACGGAAAUCGGAAAAUCUGAUCACCAUUUCAAAGCAGGAAGUUCAUUUCGCCCUUCAGUCGUCUUACAUGAGGAACCGUUACCCAUCGACGACAUUUGCGUACUUCGUGGACCUGCUCGGCAAAAAGGUCCAGAAUCCGGUCGUCCAGCGGUUCCAACACAUGUUUCCACAAUACACAUUAGUCCCGGAUCCUUUUGACGGGAGCGUUUCAUUCAUCGAUUCGGAGGGUAACACGUAUUCGACCGUGGAACUGGUGGCCAUGCAGUUAGCGGAAACAAUGAAAAUCGCCUCAAGAUUUGCGGAAGAACCGGUGACCGAUGCGAUCAUAACGGUGCCCCCGUACUUUAAUCAAGUCGAACGAUCAGCAAUGAUGAGGGCAGCCGAUCUCGCUGGGAUCAAUCUCAUAUCGCUGAUGAACGAUAACACUGCCGGUGAGUCUGCGAUUAUUCAUUUAUUCUAG